AUGGAGCUCCUCGGCAUGGUGCCCGCGGAGGCCAUUGCGCUCCGCCUCUACUCCCUCCCCGCGGCGGCCGCGGCCGCCGGCUCGCUCUGCGCCUGGCUCGUCGCCGCCCUCGCCGCCGCCGUCGGCCUCUGGCGCAUCCGCGCCGUCAGCGGCGCUUCCAACUCCAAUCCCAGCGCCACCGGCGUUCGCAGCGUCAGCGCCCUCGUCGACGACGAUAAUCAGGAGCCACAGGCGCCUCUUCCGCCCUCUCGGGCUGCCAUUGUUGACGAGCAGCGGCGGCCGGUCGUUGCUCUCGCUCCGGCCGAGCCGUCGUCCGUAAGCGAGCCGAGCACGCCAUCCAAGGUCCGGUUCACUGCGUACUACGGCGGCUCAGGAGACGAAGACGGAGUCGUGGACGGCGUUAGGAAAUGCGCGGACGCGGAUGCUGAUGACGACGACGGCGACAGCGCGCGCGGCGACCGCGACAGCGACAGCGAGGUUGAGGUGGUUCUCAGAAGGAUGGUGUCAGAGCCGACGGGGAGGAGAAGAGCGACGACCUUGGCCACGGCGCCGUGGGAUGAAGAGAGGGAGUUGGCGGUGAGGCGGAGGAGUGACCUGGGUUGGUACCGCCACAUCGACAUGGCAGCUCUUGACGGUAGCGUCGUGAGGCUGUGGUACGGCGACCUGACGGCGUCGCCGAGGGGGAGGGGGAGAAGGGCAGGAUUGGAAUUGCAACUGUCAUUAUAG